GCACCUCCACACAGCUGAACAGACUCCAUGCGGGCAAGUCUGCAGGCCCAGAUGGCGUGAGCCCAAGGGCCCUGAAGACCUGUGCCCCCCAGCUAUGUGGAGUUUUUCACUGUGUCUUCAACAUGAGUCUCAGUCUUCAGAGGGUCCCAAUGCUGUGGAAGACGUCAUGCCUUGUCCCUGUACCGAAGACGUCGCGCCCUAGCGACCUCAAGGAUUACAGGCCUGUUGCACUGACGUCACACAUCAUGAAGACUCUGGAGAGACUCAUCCUGGAGCAGCUCCGGCCCAUGGUCCAACCAUUUAUGGACCCCCUUCAAUUCGCCUACCAGCCCCGUCUCGGAGUGGACGACGCCAUCAUCUACCUGCUCAACAGUGUCUACACCCACCUGGACAAGCCGGCGAGCACAGUGAGAAUCAUGUUUUUUGAUUUCUCCAGUGCGUUUGACACCAUCAGGCCGACUCUGCUGGGUGAGAAGCUGACAGUGAUGCAGGUAGAUGCCCCACUGGUGUCCUGGAUUGUAAACUACCUGACUGGCAGACCACAGUAUGUGCGCUUGCAGUGCUGUGGUGAUGAGAGUGAGUACAGGACGGUUGUAGACAACUUUGUCACAUGGAGCAAGAGAAACCACCUGCAGCUCAAUGUGAUGAAGACAAAAGAACUGGUGGUGAACUUGAGGAGGACCAAGGCUACAGCAACCCCUGUCAACAUUCAAGGGGUCAAUGUGGACAUGGUGGAGGAGUACAGCCCUCCUCUGUUUCUCGCUGAAGAGGGCUAG